AUGCGCCACUACGGCCCGGGCACGAUCUUGGACUACCACGCGCGCUACGGGCGCGAGUGCCACCCGCGGUGCUGGUCCCUGAAGAUCCCGCUCGACCCGCGCAUCAUCGCGACGGUGAACGCGGACGUCGUGCGCCACGUGCUCGUCGACAAGUUCCCAAACUACGAGAAGGGGCCGCAGUGGCGCGCGGCGUUCGACGAUUUAUUGGGCACGGGCAUCUUCAACGCCGACGGCCACCUCUGGCGCAAGCAGCGCAAGGUGUCGAGCCACGAGUUUUCGGUCAAGUCGAUGCGCGACUUCAUGUUCGACAUCUUCGCGAAUCACGCGCGCGAGAUCGUGACGCUAGCCGGGGACUCGGCGGGCGCGGUGGACGCGCAGGAGCUCUUCGCGCAGUACACGCUCCAGAGCAUCGGGCAGAUCGGCUUCGGGGUGGACCUGGGCGCGCUGCGGGGGCCGGAGGGCGCGGCGGUCGCCGCGGACUUCGGCGACGCGUUCAACGCGGCGACGCAGCUGUCGGGCGACCGCUUCGUGGACCCGCUCUGGCGCCUGAAGCGCUUCCUCGGCGUCGGCUCGGAGCGGCGCCUCGCGGACGCCAUCGCGCGCGUGCGCGCGUUCUCGCUGGGCGUCGUCGCGGACCGGCGGUCGGAGAAGGACGCGGAUCUCAAGGCGAAGCGGGAUCUCCUGAGCCGCUUCAUGGCCCACCAGGACACGUCGAAGGAGUUCGCGUUCACGGACGAGGAGCUCCACUUCGCCGUCAUCAACUUCGUUCUGGCGGGGCGCGACACGACGGCGAACCAGUUGACGUGGCUCUUGUACGAGUGCUGCCGCCGCCCGGAGGUCGUCGCGGCCAUCCGCGCGGAGUCGGACGCGUUGGGCAACCGCGUCGACUACGAGGCGCGUGGAUGUGUUUUCCGGAACGCGCGCGCGCGGAACACUCACGUUGAAGCGACGUUGGAUCACUCUUGUGCUGCCCAGGCGCUGACGGAGACGCUCCGACUGUACCCGUCGGUGCCGACGGAUUUCAAGACGGCGCUGAAGGACGACGUCCUGCCCGACGGCACGGGCAUCCUGCGGGGCGAGCGCGUCAUGUUCGCGACCUGGGCCAUGGGGAGGAUGGAGGAGUACUGGGACGACCCCCUGGCCUUCGACCCGGGCCGCUUCCUCGAGGACGGGAAGUUCCUCUUCCCGGACGCGUGCAAGAUGCCCGCGUUCCUCGCGGGGCCGCGGACCUGCCUCGGCAAGGACGUCGCCUACCUCGGCACCGCGGUGCUGGUGGCGUCGCUGUUGGACACGUUCGACGUGGCCUACGCGGGCGACGCCGACCCCGUCUACGACACGGGCCUGACCAUGUGGGCCGCGGGGCCCGUGCCCAUCGCCUUCACGCCGCGGCGGUAA